AUGAAGAAACCCCUCUUUGAACGCCUACGACCGGUGCCACUCACCAAGAGCGUCGUCUCUUCAGACGCCUGCAUAUAUUUUUAUCGCGCUGCAACCUUUUUGGGCUGGGUCCCACCCAAGGCGAGACUGCAUCGAUGGGCUUAUCUGCUCUGGACCUGCACAACCAUGGUGCUGGGGUUGGUGUACCUGCCGCUGGGUCUCACCCUCACCUAUGUGGUGCACUUUGACAAGUUCGCGGCGAGCGAGUUCCUCACCUCGGUGCAGGUGGACAUCAAUUGCAUUGGGAAUUGCGUCAAGGCCUGUGUCACCUUCUCCCAGAUGUGGCGCAUGCGAAGGAUCAACGCAAUGAUUGCCCCCCUAGAUGAGCGCUGUACGACACUGAACCAGCGCCAGAUACUCCAUAAGAUGGUGGCCCGGGGGAAUCGAAUCAUUGUGUUCUUUCUCAGCGUGUACCUAGGGUUCACCACCACGACGCUGUUCUCGUCGGUGUUCGCGGGAAAGGCUCCCUGGCAGGUGUACAAUCCGCUGGUUGACUGGCGGCAGGGCACGCGCCAGUUGUGGGAGGCCUCGCUCUUGGAAUAUAGCGUCAUUGGCAUUGGUAUCUGUCAGGAGCUGCUGUCCGACAGCUAUCCGAUCGUUUUUUUGUCCAUAUUUCGCGGACAUCUGGCCAUUCUCGGAGAUCGCAUAAAGAACCUGCGCUGCAACCCCGAGCUCUCCGAGAAGGAGAACUAUCAGCAACUGGUGGACUGCAUCAAGGAUUAUCGGACUAUCGUGCAGUGCUGCGAUCUUAUAAGACCCAUCAUGUCGGCCACCAUCUUUGCGCAGUUCAUGCUGAUUGGCAUCGUCGUGGGUGUGGCAGCCGUCAACAUACUGUUCUUCACCACCAGCUUCUGGAUGACCCUGUCGAACAUCAUAUUUAUCGCUGCCAUUUGUGCGGAAUCCUUUCCGCUCUGCAUGACCUGCGAACUCCUGAUUGAGGACUGCGAAUCCCUCGCCAGUGGCAUUUUUCACUCAAACUGGAUGGACGCGGAACGGCGCUACAGGUCAGCGAUAAUUUACUUUCUGCACAGGGUGCAGCAGCCUAUACAGUUCUGGGCUGGGGCCAUCUUUCCCAUAUCCGUGCAGAGCAACAUCACGGUGGCCAAGUUCGCCUUUAGUAUCAUCACUAUUGUUAAUCAAAUGAAUCUGGCAGAUAAGUUUCGAAAGGAAGCUUAAUGUU